AUGAAAUCACACGCAAUUGCGGCCAUUUCCGUGGUGACGGGAGCUCUGAUAUCACCAUCUUCAGGUUCCUUGUUUUCUCGCGAUUCCAAACCGAUAACGUCAAUAACAGUGAAAGGAAACGCAUUUUUUCAGGGAGACAGCCGAUUCUAUAUCCGUGGAAUUGACUACCAGCCUGGUGGAUCAUCUAAGCUAGUUGAUCCCAUAGCUGAUGAGACAAGUUGUAAGCGCGACAUUGCCAAGUUUAAAGAAUUAGGUGUGAACACCGUGCGUAUUUACACAGUCGACAACACUGCCAACCACGAUGCCUGCAUGAACGCUCUUGCAGCCGCAGGAAUUUAUUUAGUCCUUGAUGUUAACACACCCAAAUACUCUCUCAACCGUGCAACCCCGGCCCCAUCUUACAAUGCCGUUUAUCUUCAGAACAUAUUUGCGACAAUAGACGCAUUUGCGGCUUACCCCAAUACUCUUGCCUUCUUUUCGGGCAAUGAAGUCAUUAACGAUGAUUCUACUACACCGUCAGCACCAUACGUAAAAGCUGUCACACGUGAUAUGAGACAAUAUAUUGGCAGCCGUGGUCACCGAAAAAUUCCUGUGGGAUACUCUGCUGCUGAUGUCGACUCUAACCGCCGUGAGAUGGCACAGUACAUGAACUGUGGUCCUGAUGACGAGCGAAGUGAUUUUUUUGCUUUCAAUGAUUACUCCUGGUGUGAUCCUUCAUCGUUUACAACCUCAGGCUGGGAUCAAAAAGUCAAAAACUUCACAGGAUACGGAAUUCCUAUUUUCCUAUCGGAAUAUGGCUGUAACACAAACACUCGCCAAUUUCAGGAAGUUGCUUCUCUUUACAGCACCGAGAUGACUAGUGUUUACUCUGGAGGCCUUGUAUACGAAUAUACCGAAGAAGGAUCCAAAUACGGGCUAGUGACAGUCAGCGGAAACACAGUUACUGAAGGACCAGACUUUGCUGCCCUCAAGUCAGCCUUUGCGAAAACUAUAAACCCAAGUGGUGAUGGUGGGUACAAUACCACCGGCGGAGCGUCUGGAUGUCCUAGUAAAUCAGCAAACUGGAACGUAGAAGAUGACUCGCUUCCGGCCAUACCUAGUGCAGCCUCAGCUUACAUGUCGAAGGGCGCAGGCAAAGGUGCUGGUCUUACAGGAACUGGAUCGCAAAACGCUGGCGGUGCGUCUACUGGUACAGCUACGAAGGGAUCUGGGGCCGUGUCUGCAACUGCCAAAUCUAGCAGUCUUGCCAAUAGCCUAAACAAGGGUUCCAUUGACCUGAGACCCCUGGCAAUCGCGGUGAUGCUUAUCACGCUCACAUUUUUUGGGGCUAUAGCUUUGUAA